AUGACGAUGCCGUUCAGCCCCCUGUCCAGCGACGAGGAGCAACAAAGGAUGCUGGGAAACAAUCGACAUCUCUAUCCAGGGGCAGAGGACGAGGAAGAGGAGGAGGAAGAGGAGGAGGAGGAAAUGGAAGAGGAGGAGCGUGAUGAGGACCAGGAGGAGGAGGAGAAUGGCGAACUGGAGGGGGAAGAGGAAGAUGAUGACGAGGAGAUGGUGGAGGAGGUCAGGCGAGGGGGCCUGUCGCGGGGGGGCAGGGGCGAGGGACACAGGCAGUCGGGUAAAGUGGCCGGACGACCCACCGGGGACAGACAGACCCGACCGGGGAACCCUGGACACACCACAAACCCCUAUUCAUCCAACCCCGGACCCACACACCAACAGCCAGCCAAUCACAUACAGCAGCAGCAGCAGAGGAGGCUGAAGGAACGCAGCUCCUCCUCUGUGCCAUCUGAGGACGCCCACAUUGCCAUGAUGGUGUUUCGCAUUGGCAUCCCAGACAUAAAGCAAACGAAAUGUUUGCGGUUUAACCCAGAUGCCACGGUGUGGAAAGCCAAGCAACAGGUCCUGUGCUCCCUCACCGAAUCUCUGCGAGACGUCCUGAACUAUGGUCUGUUCCAGCCCGCCACGGACGGCCACGAUGCCAAGUUUUUGGAGGAAGAGAGGCUGCUCAGAGAGUACCCACAGUCCUUUGAGAAAGGGGUACCAUAUUUAGAGUUUCGAUACAAGACCAGGGUGUACAAACAGACUAAUCUGGAUGAGAAGCAACUGGCUAAAUUGCACACUAAGGCCAGCCUGAAGAAAUUCAUGGAUUAUAUCCAAACCAGCGCUGUGGACAAGAUGGUCAAGUUCAUAGACAAAGGCCUCGAUCCCAACUACCAGGACUCUGACACCGGCGAGACUCCUCUGUCCCUGGCGGUGCAGUGUGAGCCGGGUGGAGGUGAGCCCAUCCGGGUCCUGGUGGAGGGAGGGGCUCAUAUUGACUUCCGCGCCAAAGAUGGACUCACACCUGUACACAAGGCAGUUCGAGGCCACCGCCAUACAGCCCUGCUGGUCCUGCUGUCUCACGGUGCGUCUCCGGACUAUAAGGACCGACGAGGGCUGACGCCGCUCUACCACACUGUGCUGACAGGGGGAGACACCUCUUGCUGCGAAACACUCCUUUUCCACCGAGCCAAGCUGGGCAUCAAGGACGAGAACGGCUGGGAUGAGACACAUCAGGCCUGUCAGAAUGGUAACUCGCAGCAUCUGGAGCACCUCCUCUUCUAUGGGGCGGAUUCUUCCUCCCAGAAUGCCUCUGGAAACACUGCCUUGCACAUCUGUGCUUUAUACAACAAGGAAAGCUGUGCACGAAUUCUGCUCUACCGGGGAGCAAAUAAAGACACAAAGAACAACAGUGGGCAGACCCCCUUUCAGGUGGCUGUUAUGUCCGGCCAUUUUGAGCUGGGAGAAAUUAUCAAAAACCACCGGGAUACAGAUGUGGUUCCCUUUGUGGAGUCUCCGAAGUACGCCCCCCAGAGGCGGGAGAGUUCCCGGACGCUGACAAUUCCCCACCCUCAUCCCUUCCUCCGGGCCAACAGUGACAGCAGCAUGAACCUGCCAGACUGGAUGGCAGUGCCCAAUGCCCCAGCGACCAACAUUGUCUCUGUGCAGGGCUAUAAACAUACAGGAACCCUGCGAAGCUCCAGCAGUCCCAGAGGGGCGAGGACGCGUUCCCCGUCCAGAGGGAGGAUCGGAGACAAGGAGGACCGGAGCAGGCAGAGUCGGAGGGGGCCUGCCCCUGCAAGCACAGCUGGACAAACCGCGGGCCAGCGGAGACGCCUCUACAGCGCCGUCCCAGGACGAGUCUUUGUAGCUACUCGAUCACACUCUGCCCAGGGAGAGCGAGAAAUCAGCUUCAAUAAGGGAGACAGGGUCAAAGUGUUGAGUGUUGGCGAGGGCGGGUACUGGGAGGGGACGGUCAGGGGUCGCACAGGCUGGUUCCCCUCCGACUGUGUGGAGGAAGUGAUGCUUCGAAGCCAAGACAACCGAUCAGAGAGCCGUGGAGAACGAGCCAAAAGGCUUUUCCGCCAUUACACUGUGGGAUCCUAUGACAGCUUUGACGCUCCCAGUGACUAUAUAAUCAAGGAGAAGACGGUGCUUCUGCAGAAAAAAGACAGUGAGGGUUUCGGCUUUGUGCUGAGAGGGGCCAAAGCUCAGACUCCAAUCGAGGAGUUCACUCCCACCCCGGCCUUCCCUGCUCUACAGUACCUGGAGUCAGUGGACGAGGGAGGCGUCGCCUGGAGAGCCGGUCUCAGGAUGGGGGAUUUCCUAAUAGAAGUCAACGGUCAGAAUGUGGUGAAGGUUGGUCACCGACAGGUCGUCAACAUGAUCCGACAAGGUGGCAACAGCCUCAUGGUCAAGGUUGUCAUGGUGACCCGCAACCCCGACAUGGAGGAGGGUUCGAGGAAGAAAAUCCCCCAGCAAAGUAAGAGGCUGAGCACUCCGGCUAUCGCCCUACGAUCCAAGUCCAUGACUUCAGAACUGGAGGAGAUGGUGGAGAGAGCUGCUACCCCUUGGAAAAAAAAAUCAGAAUUCGAAUCCUCACAAGUUACAGAGAAGAAGAGGACAGUCUAUCAGAUGGCUUUGAAUAAACUAGAUGAAAUUCUUGCAGCAGCUCAGCAGACAAUCAGCACCAAUGAGGCGCCAGGGACACGGGCACAGGGGCCAAAAAGAGAUAGGGGGCGAAGUUUCUAUGGAAAUGAGUCCAACUACGGGGAUCAGUCCGGGAUGGGGGUGAUGUCGUCAGGGUUGGGCCUCGGCUACGACCGUGGCCAGUACACUUCAGGUCACGGCCCACCGCAUGGUAUGCUGCGGCAGAAAUCCAUCGGAGUGCCUGAGGAGGAGAAGCAGUUCCUGCAUCCUCCAGCCGUGAAGUUUGCUCGCAGUCUUUCGGUGCCUGGCCCAGAUGACAUCCCCCCUCCUCCCACCACAGCUCCACCAGACCCUCCAUUCUCCUCUGCUCCACCACUAGGUUGGAGAGCUAAGACAUCCCAGCAGCCCUCUGUCUCCAUGUCCCAGUCCACAUCGACCUCUGCGCACUACCAGCCCUAUGCCCAGUCAGUGCACUUCACCCAUGGGGGCAGAGAGAGGGCAGGUGGUCCCAGCACUGGCACCAGUGGUGGAGCGGUGGACCACACAACUUCGUAUGCACAUGCAGCUGCCCAUACCGCUCAAAGCAGGACUGCUUCGCGGAAGGUUGCCUAUACUGGGGAGCCUGUUGGAGCUGGCAUAGGGGCUGGUGGAGGGCCCAAGGCAGCAGGUCUUAGGAGAGGUUACAGCACUGCCGUCCCCCCAUCCAGCAUUGCAACUGUAAUGCCCCAGCAACAACAGACUACCCAGAGUCAACCCCAGCGAACAGACCGCAGUGCAGCUGGAGCUGGAGUAAGCGGUCCUAAAGGAGGGGCCCGGAGAGGUAAGGGCCCCCUGGUGAAGCAGUCCAAGGUAGAGGAUCUGCGCAUGGGCCAAGGUACACUGGGGGGCAAAGGCUCAGUGGAGAAAAGCUCCAUACCCAUCCCUACCAUUAUCGUCAAGGCCCCUUCAACCAGCAGCAGUGGACGCAGCAGCCAGGGCAGCAGUGUGGAGGCAGACGCUCCUGCAUCUGGGGAGACAGAUGAAUCCAAAACACCCCAUGGUCCUCCACCCUCCACUCCGGCUCCACAGCCCCCUGCCCCGCCUUCCAUCCCAGCACCGCCACCUCCGUCCUUGCCUUCUAUGCGAGCCCAGGAAAACCUGGACUUUACUAGCCAGUUUGGGGCUGCCAUUGUUGGCGCAGCUCGCCGAGACAGGGAACGGUUUCAUGAAGCCCGCAGAAAGAGUGCCUCCUUGUUCAUGUCUGCUGAGGAGGACGUGAGUCUUGGGGGAGUAAGUGAUGGAAUAGGAGGAGUAACAAGGACUCAGGCGUCACAACAACAGCUUAGCACACAGGCUGAAAGUUCAUCAACACGGCUGCGUCCGUCCAAGUCUAUUGACGAGGGCAUGUUCUCUGGGGACACCUUUAUCCAUCACACCCGCAGUAUGCCUCCAGCCUUUGGCCUACCUGAGUACUCCUCACCUGCCCUGGACUAUCAGCCUAAGUCUGUGCCUACUGACUUGUACACAGCAGCGGGCAGGCAGCCAGCACCCUCCAGUACCACCACCUUCAUUCACCCUCUAACAGGAAAGGCUCUUGACCCCACAUCACCACUAGGCCUCGCCCUGGCUGCCAGGGAGCGUGCUCUGAGGGAUGACAGCAGGUUAAGGAGGGGAACAGAGCACCACUUCACCCGCCAGAUGUCGAGUAUGGUCUUUCCUUCGUCUACUGCCACCUCUCAACCGGUUUCGUCCACCGCCCAGUCCUCCAGCUCCUCCUACCUGGUCACCUCGUCAUCUCUGGCCGCCACCACACCCACUGUUGGCCGUCCACCCUCACCCAGAAUCCUCAGAGGAGUUGGGAGUGUGUGGAGUGAGGAAGGCGGUGGAGGAGAGAGGGAGCGAGAAGGAGGAGGGGCUCGCGAGGGGCUAAGAGUUCGCUUCUCUGAGGACAAAACGGUCCACACGCACCACUACCAGUCUCAGCCGUAUCAGCCAACCUACAAGGAGAGGGAGCGGGAGAGGUCGAGGGAAAGGGAGAGGGAGCUUUCGAGAGAAAGAGAGAGGGACAAAGAGAGAGAGGGUUACAUGAGGAGGGCAGAGCAGGCUGCUGCUGAAAGCUCUGCUCAGCAAGCGUCCCAGUCUCAGCCGCCUCGCAGGCCCUCUUUUCUCAGGAUGGAAAGUCAAGCUGAUGCCUAUAUUUUGUCCCUCACCCCUCCCUCUCCUCCACCUACCAGUACUCAGCAGACAGUGAACACUACUGGGAGCACUGGGACUGGCCUGAUGGUUCUUCCUCCCCCUGCCCCCUCAGUUGAUGCGGACGAUGAGUUUGUCUACGCAGACCCUCUCCCACCUCCAUUAGAGUUUGCUAACAGCUUCGACAGAGGAUUGGGGAGAAUAUCAGGGUACUCACAACACGGGAUGCUCGCCAACAGCCUGACUUCCCGCCAACAGCAGGUCCCACCACCUCCACCUCCUCCUCCUGAAGAGGACGAGAUUGAGGAGGGAGUGACAGAGGACGAAAGUGGCCAGGAUGGGUACGGGGUGAGGGACAUACAGAAUUUGGGGCGCCCCAUUUCACCGUACUUUGACCGCCCACGCACUCCUGAGAUGAAGCCUCUCUGGGGCGAGGGGCAGAUGACUGGUGACGGAGGCCAAUCUGGGACACUUUUAGAGGGAAAGAAGAUUUACCCUCCUGUAUCCAGUAUGAAGCCCAGCAUCAUAAAUGAGCUGAGCAGCAAACUUCAGCAAAGAAGCAAGGACAGCUGGAGCAGCCAGAGACCACUGGGCAGACACAGGUACAUCUCCAUUCACAGAUUUUCAGAAGACUCAGCCUCAGCUCUGAGCCCGCCGUCAGUUCGAUCCCAGUCACCGUCUCCAAUCUCAUUAUCGCAGCCAUCGUUAUCCCCGUCCCCCACACCCCCCUCCCAGUACCCCAACUGGGGAAGAUCCCCAUCUCCUCAGCCUCCAGCUGCCUCUCAGCCUCCACGUUCCCAUUCCCCACUGUCCCCGACAACUUAUUCCCCUUACCCAACCUCCCCCAAACACAGACCUGUCUACCGGACCAAAGCCCUAGAAUUCCAGUUCAUCCCCAGUCGCGAAUCCCGUAAAGCAGAAUCACACAUACUCCAGCGUAGGCGAGCACCCAGCCCCCUCAUCUCCCCGUCAGAGAGGCCCAAGCUGGGCCCACCACGGCCAUCAUCCCUUCCUCUCCUCCCCACCACGCCGCUAUACAGUGCCAUCUACGACCUCCGAGGUUCAAUCACCCCACCAUCACCUGGGAACCCUCUUGGAGAUCCUUACUUCUCGCCCUCUCCUCCCCUGUUUGCACCCUCUGGUGCUCCUCCUCCUCCAAACUCCACCUUAGUUGUUUCUCGAUCCCUCUCUCCAACUCACUUCCUGUCUGGAACCUCUUCUCCGCCCCUGCACCCUCUCCCUCCACCUACCUGUCUGAGUUACCCUCAUCUACCACCCCCUUCCCCUACGAAGCCUUUUGCCUCCAAGCCGCUGCCCUACUGGACCAAGUAUGAUGUUGCAGACUGGCUAGGAUACCUGAACCUGGGCGAGCACAGAGAGCGUUUCCUGGACAACGAGAUUGACGGCACCCACCUGCCCUCCCUAACCAAGGAUGACUAUCUGGACUUGGGUGUGACACGUGUAGGUCACCGCAUGAACAUAGAACGGGCCCUGAGGAGCGUAAUUGACAGGCUGUCCAGCAGCCCGUUUCCUAUUUCUGUUCUCUCACCUCGGGAUGGACAGAGUGAGAGAAGGAGGGACGACGGGAGUCGGAGCUGAGGUUGCAAACGCAGAGGCAGAAAGAAAGAGAGAGAGAGAGAGAGAGAGAGAGUAAGGGAGAAGGAGGGGUUGGAGUCAAUGAGGGAGGAAGACACAACUGCUGCUAUCCAUGGUGGAUUCACACAACAAAUGAGGGGGGAACAGAUUUCACACAGAGAGCGACAGAAAGAGGGAGUCAAGUCCCAAAGAGAGAUGGAAACACGGGGAUGGAAAAAGGGCUGAUGAUCCAUAAACACACCGGCUGGCGCUCCCCAGUUGCGGCAGGCUGAUUUACACGAGUACACUCCCCACAUGCAUGCACGGUCACACCAAUCCGCAAACAAGUAACACAAACACACUUUCAUCCAAAAUGUAUGCGAAGACACUAUGGCUACAGCAGAUAUUAUGAGUGAAGAGUAGUGAUGAACCAAAUACUUGAGAGGAACAAUCAAAAGCCAGUUAGAUUUUUCUUUUUUUUUAACUGAGCCGGUUGUGUUGUUGGUGAGCUGGAGAAUUGGAGAAGAUAUGGGUGUCCUUCAUUGUGCAGCCAUCUUGUUGAAUGGUCCUCUUACCCCUCAGCCAGCUGAAAUCUGUUCAGGUUUAAGAGUGGAAUUUACCAAGAAUACGAUAUAGAGUGCAAUCAAUGACAAACACCCUCCCCGUGUGAGUGGAUGUUAGUUUUGUUUCUGAAUAUCAUAGAGUAUUUGAGGGUGAAUGUCUGCAAGAGUGAGGCUUUGUCUGUCUGCAUGGUGAACGUAGGACGACGCAGGGCAGUAUAUCAUGACAGCUUCCACGUCUUUUAGAGGUGAUGAGUGUGCAGACGGAUAACUCGCGUCCUUGGUUCAGGCCAAGGAGGCUGGCUGUGUGUUUGGCUUUGAUCAGUUAUGUCUUGUUUUUACCUCACCACUGGUAGGGCUCUGUCCUCACUGCAGGUCUUGUGAUCAGGAUCUUACGUGUUUCUCUAUAGCUCUUUAUCAUCUUAAGUCUUAUAAUGACAUAUAUACAGACUGGUCACUGUAUCACAAAUUUGUAGCAAAAAUAAGUGCCCAGACCAACAAAAAAAAAGGAAAAAAGGAAAAAAAAGAAACACACUGAUACACACUCACAGGCACCCAAGAUACUACUAUACAUGCCUGCAUGCAUACACCAACAUGUAGACACACACAUACACACAAGCACUUACAAGUGAUUGUGUUAGAGUUUAUGGGACACCUUAUAUAUAGACACACACUAUAUGUUUGGAUCCAAGAUGUACUUAUACAAAAGGAGAUAGACUGUGCUUUCAACUGUUAGACGGGAUACGUGACAAUGUGAAGAGAAAUCUCCCCGAGGAUUUUAUUUACAGAGAAAAGACUUCCUCAGCGUCGAGGCAACUGUUGUAGACCCAUUCAGACCUUCCGUCCGAGGGAGACUGGACAGGAGAGGGGAGGGGAAGAGGAAAAACUGCCAUUUUCUUGCUCUUUCCCACCCAAUCCCCCCUGCUCCUUCCAGGAGUGGCCCCUCUCUCUCGACAAAAUCCAGGAGGAAACGAGUGGCCACCUGGCCGAGGGGAUCUGAGAGAAACGCUUAUAUCCAGUUUUAAUACUAUGAUUGUUCUUACAAUUUUUAAACUUUAAAUGGGAAUACUGGAAUACUGAUAUUGAUAUGAAGAGAUUUAUUGUUACUAUUUAUCAUUACUAUCAUCGUCCUUACUGUUAUUAUAGCUUCAGAGAGUUCCUGGUUUCAGCCUUUGGUAGCUGUGAUGGCGCUCUUGUGCAGUCAGUGUGUUUCCUGACUGUGUAGUGAAGAUAAUAGCAUUGGUUAUAUAUAUAAAUAUAUACGUAUAUGUAAGUAUUUUUGAAUUGAAAGAUGCAUAUUAUUUCGUGCACGGUACCCUUAACAUUGCUUCUAUGUGACGAGAAGCAUUGCAACUUAAAUGUGAAGCACAUUUUUAGAAUCACUUCUUGUUCAUUUCUCCUCACCGUUUUUCUUUUGUCAGAGUAAAGAGCUUUAAUCUAAAUUACAUGUUGACCUUUAUAAAUACAAAAUAUGAUUUCAUCCCUCAUUUGUUGCCACUUAAUUAUGUGCAGAUGCUGAAAAUGUAGCAACUGUUCCGGGGAUGCCCACGAUACACAUAAGUGAAAAUUAUGUCACUUUAUUUAAACAGUACUUUAAAAUUAUUUUUUUCAAUUCUGGAUAACAAGCACUCCCUUUUGAUUGAUCACACACACAAAUGUUAUUCCUUUUCCAGUCCUUUUAAGUCCUUUUUAUUUCCCAUUAGCUUUCACUGCACAUUUACAUCUCAUUAUAACCUCAGUCCUGCUUUUCUCACUGUUGCUGAGAUCAAAUAUAAGGGCUCUCUCAUGACCUCUCUACCUUGAACAACACUUCACCUCUCCUGCUGCUUUUGAGUCCUCGAACACAUAUCAAACGUGCGUUCUUACAUCAGGGCAUCGUUGGGGAGUUUACCUUCCUCCCGGCCCCGCUAUGCUCAUAGAUCACGUCGCUCAAAGUGCACACACACACACACACACGCUACAAAUGUGAAUGAGCAAAGGUCAUUAAGGGGGAUUUGUCUCUGUAAUUGCUUCGUGCUGGUGGUCAAGGGGAGAUUAUAUUUGAAUGCAAGGGAAAUAGCAAUAAGGACGAUGAAAAUAAUGGUCAUAUAAUUAUGGUUUAAGAUGUAAAAAAAAAAGUCUCAAAAGUUCUAAAGAAUCUCUGUCUUCCAAAUAAUGUUUAACAUGAAAAGGUACAAUGUAUUUAUUUAACUAUUCUGCUUUCUAUACAGUUCGACCCAUUCUCUACAUCUGCCCCCUUCCACUGUUAAUGACCUGACAGUAUUAAGAGCUCCCGUCUGUUUUUUCCACUCAUCAUUUGCAUCUUCUUGUUUAUACAAAGCACCUUCUGCAGUCGCUGACGUGUGCCAGUAUGCUCGCAGCUCAUUGUUUAUUACCAGCAUAUUAUGCAAUGACCCUAUUUCCAUUAGCAACUGUGGCUUUUCACGUUUCCCUUUAGAGGUUUUUAAGUCACUUUCAGCCAGAGAGAGUGGGGUUUGUUUCUAAAAAGGGUGAACCAGCAGAAUCUGGCUUCCUGUCCAAACUCAAUCCAGAUUCUACUUGUUUCUAUCAGGUCAACGUUUGCUAGUGUAAAUAGGGCCAAUUAAUAACUUUGGAUAAGAGAUUUUGAAAACCUCUUGCUGAUACAGUGAUAUUCUUGUUAAACGGCUGGUGAGGAACAGUUUUAAUCCUUUAUUUGCAUUUAGGAGUUAUAAUGGAGUGAUGGCUCGUCGUUGCUGUCAGGAGAAAAAUUAAGAUCUGAGGGAAUCGGUCUGACUCUAUAGAAAGCAUUUCUUUUUCCUUUAAGAGAUCUUUUAAAAAAUGAGAAUAUGAACUGACGAAAGGUAACUUACAGAAUAUAUAUGUAUAUGUGACCUGCAUAUACACACAUUCAUAUGAACAUAUAUGAAUUUCAAAUGU